GAUAUCCCAGAGCAGGGGCGGACUGACAACUCAUGGGGCCCCCGGGCAAUAGGGGAUCAUGGGGCCCCUGUGUCCUUGCCCAAACUCAAAAAAGCCUAUGAAAAAGGUACCAGGGGUAUCUCAUGGGGCCCCCUACUGACCCCGGGCCCUCGGGCAGUGCCCGAGUUUCCAAAUGGUCAGUCCGCCCCUGUCCCAAAGAUCAUUCUUUCAACUUGGAUGCAAUACACACAAUGCACCAUAACUUAAAAAUGUCACGUGGCCUUAAAUUGCUUCUAAGGACCUAUCCAAACCUAUUUAUUUUAUUUGAAGCCUUUUGCA